UGCUCCCCGUUGAGGAAGAAUUUUAGAUUUCUAGAAGAGAAAUUUUCUCCAGCUAGCAGAUAGAGAAGAUCUCCGAAAAUGAUCAUCCGGAAUCUAUGAAAGUGUGUCUGAACGAUAGUUCAAGCCUGUCGAAGAUUUGUUUGGUGUUGCACAUUGUUGCUGGGGUCAACUUUAUUGUUGGCUUACUGCAACCAUGCCACCAAGUGUCUUUGGAAACAUGAAAAGAAAAGCAGACCACCUCUUUGGGGAUGAAGUGUCUUACGGAAACCAGCGUCAGUCCAUUCUCGAUAUGUCCAUGUGCAAAUUAAAAACAUCACCACCAAAGCGAAUAGAGCCAUGUUUACGGCGCUCUGUCCUCAUUCUGAAUACACUGAAACACAUAGAGACAGAGUUGAAAACCGAAGGUAUUUACUUCCCUGCUCCUUCAGAAGCUGCCUUUAAUCUGGGAGAGUCGCAACUGGAGAAGCUGACCCUUGACCCCUUGCCAGAAUCCGAGUUCAGCAACGCGAGUCCUGUGCAGUCUGUCACGAGAAUGGAUGGGAUUUGUCAGCUGCCGGUGCCACUGAAAAGUGUUGGAAUGCUGCCAGAUUUCAGAGAACAAGACAGAACUGUUCUAGACUUGGUGCCUUGCCCCAUGUUGCCUGUCGAAUCGCCCCAGAUCUCCAAAGCAUUAUUAAAGACAUUGCCCGAGGAUUCCAAUAACAACCUCUUGUCCACGAUAGCAUGCGUGGCGAACUCUUCCACGUGGACGGAGGACCUCCUGGGUGACGUCGACGUUUCCCUGUGUGAUCUGGAUCUUCUGACUCUGUCUUCAGCCAUGAAGUUUGCCCCUCUCAGUGCCGACGAGGUCAUACAUUCCUUCCCAAACUCCUCCAGUCAUCCAGGUGAUCCUGCCUCGGCUCUGGGAGCGUCUCCUCUCGUUCCGGGUUCCAGAUCCACAUGCAAAUCUGACUCUCUUCUAGAUGACCUUGACAAUAUCAUGCAGAUUUUAGUUGGAAUGUGAAACACUGAAGCAUGAUUUGGGGUAUAUUUUUUGAAAAUAUGAACAAAAGUUUUAUAUAUUUUUGUAACAAAAGAUAUCGUUUGACUAAUUUAUUGUGCAGCAAUCAUUGUUGUGUAUAUUUUGAAUAUUUAUUUGUGAAAACUAAGUCGUUUUAUACCAGCGUACAUGUAUUUGUAGUUUUACAUCCAGUUUUGAAGGUGCAUUCGGUUAGAGAACAAAGACAUGAUAAUGGUUGUGACCUGUUCUUACCAACAGUUGUGCAAUUAGGUUGCAUCCAUUGGUUUUAAUUUUAUAGCUGAUGCAUAUGUGGUGUAGUGCAAAUCAAACCGUGACGUUUUUCAACAUAUUCAUCUGCUUGAUCAUUUACGAGUUGUACAAUACCAGUGGAUUAUCACAGCAUAUCUUUGCAGUUAAAUAGUUGACAUGACAGUUGUGGAUUUUUAGAUGCUGAACAUUAAAGAUAACAGACCAGGUUUAGUCCAUCCUUUAAAACACAGACUGGCUCAACCGGACCAUCAGUUUUAAUAUUUGUUUUUAGUUCAUUUUAGUCAUUAAAUUAUGGUUGAGUUUUGGUCAGCAAGGUAAUUUUCCCAAUUUGAUCUGCUUAAGCAAACAAAUUUUUUUUCUACAAAUUCAUCAGUGCUAGUUUGCUGUGUGACAUUUCAUAUUGCAAAAUUGCAUUGCCUUUUAUAAUCUCUACACCAUGACAUUUGACAUUUACGCUAAUUAUUUUUCAUGUUGAAAAAUUCUUAGAUUUUCGGCAUAAAACAGUGAAUUAAACCCUCAUUAUUGAAAAAUUGAAAACAUUUAUGAUGACACGCCAUUACAUGUAGUUCAAGCUGUGAUUAUAAAUUCAUCAACGCCGGCAGUCUAGAGUUUGAUCUUGGAAGAUUUAAAUUUCUUUUACCUGCAUGUACUUAAGUUGGUGCAAUUGUUCUACAGAAUAAUGCCUGGUGACAUAUUGACUUUUUAUGUAAUGUUUAGUGAAUUUCAGGGAUUUAUCCAGGUGUUCUGUGGAUCCAAACAUAGGCCCAUUCCCAAAAGAGCAGGGCACUGAAAAUUUUCAACUUCUAUGCUAAAAUUAGCCAAUGCAUAUAUUUAAUUAUGUCUGGUCUAAGAAGUUAAUUUAAUAGAGUGUACUUCAUCAUUAAGUUGCCUGAAAAAAUUAUCCCAAAUAUGGUUUACUAGCAUUGAUUUUCCCAAUCCCAUUGGAUAUGGGACCCUGAAAAAAACCCUGGCUAAAUCCCUGUAUUUACUAACUGAUAAUGCUGACCAGUAGUAGCUAAAAUGUAUAUGAAUGAUGAAGGGCGCCAGGAGCUGAUCCCGAGCCUACUCCUAGCUGACUGCAGACUUUGCACUUUCAUCUUAAACAUUUUAUGUGAUCUGGAUUUGAAGAUGAACCCGAUAUUGCAAGCAUGUUGGGAAAUCUUUUCAAAAUGAUGAAGAUGACAUUUACAGGAACCAAGACUGCCGCACACCAAACUGUCUAUGGACUUUGAGAAAACUGCAAUUUAAUGUAUGACCAUUGUGUUAUAUGUCGGUCAAAAUGAGAUCACUGACAUGUGCUUUUACAUGGUGGUGUUUGGGUUUGAUUAUGCAUAUCCAGUAUCAUCUGUUAAAUUGCCUCCGCUAUGGUGACCAGCAUGUCAAAGAGCAAUGGUAUAUUUUUUUAUAAAAUUGUUUAUUUUAAAACUAAAAUCAUUGGAAAAAUUUACUGGAUUAUGCCUUUAUGUACAUACAUGUUAUAUUUUCUUGACUUGCGGAAACCAUGCAUGCAUGUAUACAACCCAUUAUUGUAUUUCCUGUAAGAGAAAGUACAGUAUUAAUAGGUGAGAAAAAAAGAAAAUAAAUAAACUUGUUUACUGCUUUCAGAAUUAUUAUUAAAUAUUGUGCUAUUUUGUAUUUUGAAAACUGUUUUUGUCCCACUAUAUUAUGUGUGCUUUUGUUGAAGAGAAGCGGUUUUCCUUCAUCUCCAGCUUACCACGAAAGGCCUAAAAUCUACACCUGCACAAUGCUCAAAUGAGAGGAACAAAAUGUGAAGUUUUUCAAAUUGGCCAUUCUGAAAUUUCAUCAGUUUAUACCAUUAAAAUGGUCUGUCUGUGUAGGAAUUCUGGUUUAGUGGCAAUUGGAUUUGAGGAUGAUUUAUUCCAUAUCUCCAACACUGGCAUAGGAAGGCGCCAAAGGUGGGGGGCACACACACAUAUAUAUAUGUAUAAAUAAAUAUAUAUAAAAAACAUGCUGCUGUCACAAAGUCGGGGGCACAAUUGCCCCUUGCCCCCUCCCCCACUUCCUACACCGGUGUCCAAUUGUUUUGUGUUGUCAGUUAAUUGCUUGUCAUGUACACUUGUUCAUUCAUAUCAAUUUGUUCAUCUUAAUUGUACAUUUAAUUUGUCAGAGACCUUUGUAUAAAAAUUCAGUGUGCACAACCAAAAAGUAUACUUUAUUUUGUUUCUUGUCUCACAUAUGUAAGGACUAUGCCACCGAGUAUUGUAUAAAGUUUUUAAUACAUCGAGAGAUUUUUGUAUUUAGCAUGCUUCAAAAGGUAUUUAGCCUGCUUCAGAAGACUCUAUAGCUUUAUUUUCUACAGUUGAACACAUAAAUUAUUUUUUGUUUUACACAUAUGUAUAUGAAUGUGUUGCCUACCAAUAUUGGUAGAAAUAUUUUUCAGUCAACAAAAAGUAUUAUUAAAUUGCAUGUGUUUAUCGUAGAGAGAGCAUUAUUUAUGUUGGUGAUCUGUUUUGAAUAACAUUAUUUAAGACAUUUUUAUAUUAGUACAUAUAUCAUGUGGCCCCUUGAAAAAAAUGCAACACGCCAAUACAUCUAGUACUUUAACAUGGUUCUCAACUUACCUUUUUUGUCUUGUUUUCUUCACAUGUAACUGUAUGGUGGUUUCAUCAAAGCAGCUUUGUUGUAGAGAUGCCAAUAUGAGAUUUUAGCAUGAUUGUAAAGCAGUGUAACUUCUCAAAAAAAAAUUAACAAUGUUUUCAAAAGCAACAUAAUUCAAUUUCCAGUGUUGGCAUUAUUUACCUUUGUUCAACUCAGAAUAGCUGAUAUAUUUUUCAUGCUGGGGCGUCAUUAAAUUUGUUAAAAAUCAGUUAAUAUAAUUACUGGCCAUGCAGCCUAUUCUGAUCUUUGGUUUUUAGAUGUUCAUAUUUUUUAUUUGCUUGCUCAGUCAUUUUCCUUUUAUGUUACCUACGUAUAGAAUAUGCUAGUUUUAUCUUUAAUGCUCCUUUUAUUUAUUUAUACAUAUUUUUAUGGUGUUCAUAUAAUGGUUAUAUAACUAUGUUAUCAUCUUUGCAUAUAUAUUUUACUUUAAUAUGAAGUGUGCAAAAUUCAUGGUGAUCUGAAUGUAACAACAAUACUUGUCAAUAAGUUGUUUAUUAUGGUAUUUUUCUGGCAAAUUAUUUUAAAGGAACAAUUUUUAUUACACCUAAAUGCCAGUCACGUAUGUAUAUUAGUACAUUUCACAAUGAACUGUGACUUGAUUUGACAUUACCCAAAGGUUGGGGUUUUUCUUCCGGGUUUUUUUUAGGAGUGGGUUUUAAUUUUUCAGUAUUGUUAUCAAAUUUAAAAUGCUAACUUUUUCAGGUUAUGGUAAACUAGCAAACAAAAUUAUAUUAAAUUACAGUGAACAUAACAUUUAAAGCAGAAUGAAUUUGACUAGUUGUGGCUGAGCAGAAUAUUGAGCCAAAUUAAACCAAGCAUCUUCAGGACCAAGUAAAAAAAGUCUGACUUUUAGUGGUAUCUGACUUGAGAGAGGUUCUUUUCUGUACUGAUUUUAAAAAAGGGACUGAAAUCAUCUGGUUUUGAGGGAAUUCCUGUUUACAGAUGGUCCAGUUUUACACUGUAUGUAAUCUGUUUUUAAACACUAAUCAAGAUUUACAUCUAAGUUAGUGGAGUACACUGAUCAAUUAUUAUUUCUUGUUAUUUUCAUGCAUAGAUGGUACUGUAUAUAUUGUUUAUAUCUUAUUUAUAUAAAUAAGUUAUUUUAUUAGCAUUGGAUUUUCCUUUAUGCUACAAAUGUUGUAUACAAACCAUAAGGCAGUAUUUAAUAGUGAAUUUAGCAUACUCAGGAGAAAACUGCUAUGAAAUAGAUAAGGCAGUUUGAAUUCCGGUAAGAUUGGUUUCAAUACUACAUAAUAUCCCAGUGGGUAGAACAGAUAACCGUGUUUUAAUUGUGCUAUAUAUGGUAUAUUUGCAUAAAGGGGCACUGAUGAAUUAUCUUGUCAUUUUAAUUGUUAGUACUAAACUCGUAUAAAACAUAAUAUAUGUUAUGGCCAUGCUAACUCAUAUUACAAUGUUUGCAAAAUAUUUCAAUGUAAAUAUAAAAAAAAAUUAUAAACUUUUUUAACACAUUGCAGAUAUUAUCUCAUUUUGAAUACAGGGGAAAAUAUACCUUGCUCUUGACACGAUUGCCAGACGACUUCUCCAAAAUAAGAAUCAUUUUAGAGUUGUCAUGCACUUUCGUCCAGCAUGAUUGUAAAUACAUUUUUGUUGAGACAUUAGCAAGGUUUGGUAUUCCAAAUGACUGAAAAUUUUAAUUUAUAAUCCAUAUUUAGAGGAAUAAGGUCCUGUGGUAAUUUCUUUUUAAAAGGAGAUUUAACCAAAUGCAAUUUGGUGGUAAUUUGUUAACAAAACCAUUUUAUUUACAUUACUUCUUUUUCAAUAAAAUGUAAUUUGAGUUGGAAUAGAUUUAAUGUUUAAUGUGUUUUUAUACGAGUUUUGUAUUAAUUAUAUUGAGUUACAUAGCAAUUCAUAGGUUCGCUUGCAAAUGUAAAUUGACUAUAAUGAGAUGCAUUAACUUCUUGUCAAAGUAGAGCAUUAAUUUAUACACAUGCUUGUUUUAAAAAUCCCACCUGAUGAGUAUAGUAUUGUAGUUACCUACUUCUACUCUUAACCAUUUCAUUCUGUUUGAAUCUUCGUGCAACUCAUUUUGUUUCAGAUUUCCUCAUGUCAGUUUUACCAAUGCAACAGCCAGAAUUUCAAUAACAUGUAUAUCCAUAUUUUUUGUAUCCAAUUUUAAUGAUAACAUCUUUGUCUGAUAUGUGUCAGGUUUGAAAGACAAUAUUAAAAUUUGGGUUUCGCCAUUUGCAGGGGUUUUUUCUCACCUUGACAUAGUUAUUACUUUUCACAUAACUGACAGUGUCAACUUUUGCGUUUAAGUUUAACAUUAAAGAUUUUGGUUAGAUCGGUUUCUCACUAUCUGUAAGUUCUAGGUCUUGCUUUAUAGUUGCACCUAUGGAUGUUCAUCACAGUGCGCUGAAAAGGAUUUUGGCGGGUGAGACAUUUAAUUCCACAGAAUUUUUGUUAUUAAAUUUAUUUAUUUUUGGGGGGGGGGGGGGGGGGGGGGUCAUUUAAGAACAAUAUAUUUUAGGAAUACUGGCUUUCAAUUAUUUGUGAACUUUUAUGUGCAUCUUUUGUAUUCUUUGGAUUAGUUUAAUUGAAUGAUUAUUUAGGCAAGAUAUUUAUGUAUGAUAGACUCAUAGGUGCAGCAUUAUUUAAUGUUACAUUGAAUAUAUUUGGUUGCAAUUUUUAGAAAAUAUUAAAUUUAUAGCUUUGCUUGUGAAUUUGACAAGACAUGUAUAGGUGACAUGUGUAUGUAUCAGAAAUUGUGUAAUAAUGAUGAUCUUUUUUAGUCUUUAAACAUAUCUUGCUUAUCCCUAAUUAUUAUUUAUGCAGGUUGUAUUUUAGUUUUUUUUAAACUUUAUACUGGAAAUCUUGCCAUAAAAUGUAUUAAAACAAACCAAUAGAAGUAGUUUCUUCUUGGGGAGAAUCACAUUUUAAAAGAUGUAUUGUUUAAAGAAAAAAUUUGUGAUCUUUGUGGUGAUAAAAAUAACUUAUUUUAACAUCUUUACACAUUAAAAGCCAAUAAAUAUUCUAAUGCCUUCAAUUUAUCAGUCAGGGAUGUGUUUGACUAAACACAGUUAAUUAUUGCAUUAAUAUUCAAGGCAUUGUUAUAUUCAUGCAUCUUCAUCUAAUUGUGUAUAGUUGCAAUUGGAAAACCUUUUUUUGUUGAAGAUUUGAUGUUUCUUUUUCCUUUUUAAAAAAAUGAUGAAUCUUACAUCAGCCUCAUAUCAGUAUUUAAGUAUUGUAUCAAGUCGAAAUUCAGCCAAAGGAACAAAGUUUAAUAUAUGUCUAUAUGAGUUCUUUCACUUUGUAGUGGACACUGAGUGUUCUCUUGCAUAAUAUAUUUAUUCUGUGAAGUUCCAAGCUCGGAGCAUCAUCUCAUCUUCUUCUUUUUGUUUUCUUUCUUUCUCUCUCUCUCAAUAAAUACAGUGGUGGUACACUGUACCUACUCUUUUUAUAUUUACUCACAGCAUUUGGACCAUUAAACUACCUUCUGGAUAGUACCCACAUGGAUGUGAUUUUUUAGGGUUUUUCAGCUUCUUGUUUGUAUAAAAUUAUUUCUGCAAAGUAUACUGGAUUUGAUCUGAAAUGCUGAAAAAUUACCUGUAUUUAUUUAUAGUGUAGUGGUUUCAGGUUUUAAAAGAUAAUUUCAGCUUUUAUUUUCAAAUGGAUGUCAUAUCCCUGUACCCAAUAUGCAUUCAGAAUAGUAAAUUUGAAGGGCAAUGUAAAGUUGCAGAAUUGCACAUCUGUCAAAGACUUCUUUUAAAAAAACCCAUAUAUACCAUUUGCAGUUUUAUCCAGGGUUCAGUGUUACAUUAAGACAUGUGAGGUACUGUAUGAGGAAAACAGUAUUUGAGGACUGAAGUCAUGAGUAUAGUGCCAGUACUUACAAGUUGGCUCUUUCUCUUUGGAACAUUUUAAAUAUUUACAAAGCUGUGUAUAUAUAUUUCUGCUUCUGUUAAAAAGAUGGAUCUCACUGACUGCAAUUCAGAUACUGAUAUAUCGUACGUUAUUUAUUUCGUUGCUAGAAAGGACUUCCAAUUUGCCUUCUGUGAUAUAUAUUAGUCACAUCAGUUGCAGUGGAAAUAUGUAACCUUUUAUGUUUGUCCUUUUUACCUAACUAAGAAAGGUUGUAAGGGUAACAAAUUUGAUCUAUCAAUCAGCAUUUUUUAAAAAGAAAAUAUUUAUUUGCCAGUACAAAUCUAGCUGAAUUAUACUUGUUUAAAUGCAUGUAUAUUAUUUAUUUUGUACUAAAUGAUUUUGUCUAAUAUUUUUAAUGUAUAUAAUAUAUAUAUAUAUAUAUAUCAAAGGACCGUCAUACAUUUGUCAAAAUAUGUACAAAAAUAUUGAAGAGAUUAGAAGAAGAAGAAGAAGAAUGUAUGUUUCUUUGUGUGUACGUAAAUGAUGUUGCUUUACCAUCUACAACCAAUUAAUCUAUCUUGUUUCCAGUUUUAUGGGAAAGGAUUUUGAUUUUGGAGGCUUUUCAUAUGUUAAUUAAUACAGAUCAUACAUUUAUGUUUACUUACAAAUUAAUUGUAGAAUUACUUUAUUAGAUUGUGUUGAUGUAUCUUAUAUAAUAUUCAAAUGUUUUAGCUUUUUUCCUUCUGUUUUUGUUAAAACACAAGUUGUGGUCCAUAACUCUUCAUAAAAGCAAAACUAAUUUGGCUGACUACAGCAACCGGGAAAUGACUUUUUAUACUAGGAGAUGUAUUUAUAUUUACAUAUAAACAAGUUUGAUGUGCCAUUUGGAAUGCCAUUAUUAAGGUGCAGAUAACUACUGCUUCUUUUAAGGAACAAUAAAAUAGCAUGCAAUCUAGGAUAAAUUGUGUUUCUUUACUACAUGUACAAACUAUUGCAGGUCUUAUCGUGUACAUGUAUGUGCUAAGUGCUUUCUUCAUGCAUGCCUUCUAAAUAGCUUCCAAGAACUGUCGCCCUAAACACCAGAUAUGUAAUUCAUCAUAUUGUGCCUUCUAUUUUAUGAAUACAGUAGUACAUGGGUUCAGAUUUGAACACAUUUUUGUUGAAUUUUAAUCAAAGCUAAAUUGAGACUGUGCUAUCAGUUUGGUACUUUUGUUCUUGUACUAUGCAUAACCUAUAUAGAUGUAUAUUCAACAUAUGCUAUAAAAUAUAAAUUACUUCUCUUCUCUCCCACCUCUCCUCGUCAAUUAAAACUGAACUGUCUCCAAUGUACAAUGAAAUAAAACAUUAUUCUAUGGCGAAUGAGAGGAUAUUCCAUACCAAUUUUUCUUAAGAGUAGUUCCUUGUGCUGCAUGAUUUAAACGAAAUAGAUUUGCAAACAUUUAAAAAUUGAUAAAUGAACCGAAGAAAAAAUUCUAUAAACCGAUUUUUGACAUGUCUAAAAUAAGUUUUAAGUAUUGAUGACAUGAAAGUUUUUAAUUAACAGUUGGUUAAAAUUCAGAACACGAGGCAUAGUUGCUGUUCCAAUCAAUAGUAAACACUGGGUGCACUGUACUGCCUAUAUUCUGUAACUGUGGCCAUUGGUUCUGAAUCUAAUUGUAAAUGCUACUUAACUGUUAAAUGCCAAAACAAAUGAGGAUGAUAGUGCCAGAUUACUCCUGAAUACUAAUGACGUUGAUAGUGCCAGAUUACUCCUGAAUACUAAUAUGUUGAUAGUGCCAGAUUGCUCCUGAAUACUAAUGACGUUGAUAGUGCCAGAUUACUCCUGAAUACCAAUGACGUUGAUAGUUCUAGAUUACUCCUGAAUACUAAUGACUUAUUAUAUAGUCCUGUUGUGUUUUGGUCACAUCAUAUUGUUUCUUAAGUAGUAGAUUAGUUUGCGAAAUCCAGACUGUGCUGCCGUUGUAUUCAUUGUACAUCUGUCACUGUAUGUAGUAUAUAUUAUAUACUGUAUAGCUAGCUCUUCUCUUCUGCAUAUCUUAGUUCUCAUUGGUCUUCAAAUGAUCUUACUUUUUUUAUCUGUAACUACCAGUAAUAAAGAAGUAUUUAUUAUAAAAUAAAAAUUGUUUAACUUUUA